AUGCCUUCAUCCUUGAUAAAGGCAGCUGCCUUACUACUCUACCUCUUGCCUUCUGUUGCUUCUUUCGCCCUCCCCGCGGAGCCUCUCACACCGAGAGUACCAUGGAGAAAGCACGGAAUUUGGGCUGGCCAGAGAAAACGAGUCGGCUCUCAAACGGGAUCAGGAUGUAAUCAUGGACCAUCGUCGAGAGGAUGCUGGAAUGGAAAUUUCAGCAUCGACACUGAUAUGGAUCUCCAGUGGCCCAACACUGGAAAGACGGUAAAAUACCACUUGGACAUCACGAAUACCACACUAGCCCCCGACGGCUUCGAGCGACUCAUGCUGCUAGUAAACGGACAAUACCCUGGCCCAACAAUAGUGGCAGAUUGGGGCGACGACAUCGAGAUCACUGUGACGAAUAAACUUGAAACUAACGGGACAGGUAUUCAUUGGCAUGGCUUAAGACAACUCGGAUCAAACGAGAUGGAUGGGGUCAAUGGCAUUACUGAGUGCCCAGUUGCGCCAGGGGAUACUACAGUCUAUCGCUUCAAGGCAACGCAGUACGGCACAUCCUGGUAUCACUCGCAUCAUUCAGUGCAAUAUGGCGAUGGGCUGGUGGGCAGCAUGCUUAUCAACGGCCCAGCCACCGCGAACUAUGACAUUGAUCUAGGCGUGUUGCCGAUCACGGAUUGGUUCCAUGCACCCAUCUUUACGGUCAAUGCCGCAUCUCUCCACGCUGCCGGACCCCCGACUGCCGACAAUAUUUUGAUCAACGGUACAAUGACAUCAACGUUCGGAGGCAAAUAUGCCGUCACUACGCUCACGCCAGGAAAGACGCAUCUCUUGCGUGUGAUAAACACUGGAAUCAAUAAUUAUGUCCACAUCGCUCUGGACGGACAUCCCUUCACAGUCAUCUCGGCUGAUUUCACUCCCAUUGUACCGUACAAAGCAACUUCCAUCGUGUUAGCAGUGGGCCAGCGGUAUGACAUCAUCAUCAACGCCACCGAAACGGUCGACAACUACUGGCUGCGCGUGGGUACUGGCGGUGGGAAAUGCGAUGGUCCCAAUGCGAAUGGGAAUAACACUCGUAGCAUUUUCCGAUAUGUCGGUGCCAAGAGUGAAAACCCCAGUAACUCAACGGCAGCAAUUCCGCUACCGGGCGGAUGCUAUGACGAAGCGAACGUUGUUCCCUACAGCAAGACUAUCGUACCCAGCAAGCUGCCCAAGGAGCUCAAGUUCGGAUUCACCAACACGGCGGCUCAGGGUAACCUUGUCCAAUGGCUGGUGAACGGCACGCCCAUGACGGUCGAUCUUGACAGUCCUACCCUACAGGCCGUGGUCGAGAAAAACAGCAGCUUCGCAACCAGCAGGCACGUUUUCACAGUUGGCGAGAAGCAUGAGUGGCAGUACUGGGUUAUCCAAAUGGACAAUGCUACCUUCAGCCCUCCCCUACCCCACCCGAUCCAUCUUCACGGGCACGACUUCUACGUCCUCGACCACCAAGAAAACGCAGUGUGGAACGGUGACAUCUCGCGUCUGAAAACAGACAAUCCCAUCCGUCGCGACACCGCGACACUGCCUGCUGCAGGCUACCUCGUCCUUGCCUUCGAGUCAGACAACCCCGGCGCGUGGCUCAUGCAUUGCCACAUCCCCUUCCACAUAGCUGCGGGUCUGGGCGUACAAUUCCUCGAGCGCGAGAGCGAGAUAGUCGGCUCCAUAGGCAGUCUACAGCCCAUGCAGCAGAAUUGUAAUAAAUUCAGUACGUGGAGGAAGAGCAAGUUCCCCAACGGGAUACUGAUAAAUGGUGAUUCGGGCUUGUAA